CGAUUCUCGGAAAUGUCUUUUGCGAAUAUGGCUGCGUUGUUUAUGAACACAUCUUGGAUGUCAACUUUCCAACCACAUUUUUUCUCCUGUUUUGAAUCAGAUAAGAGAACAGAUUCCAGCAACCGAUGGUUCUUUCAGCGACAGCCAUUGCCCGAAGUCAAUAUAGAAUUAAAGCAUCGGGAUCUUUGGAUGAAAUUUUCUAAGGAAAACACAGAAAUGAUAAUUACGAAGUCUGGUCGACGCAUGUUCCCGACCAUACAAGCAAACGUAAGCGGUUUGCGAGAGUAUGAGAAAUAUUGUGUUCUUCUGGAGAUUGUCAAGGUAUCUGAUCGUCGGUAUAAGUAUUGUGGAUAUGAAAACAGCGGGAAUAAGAACGGCAAUGUAAGUGGUUGGAGUUUUGCCGGGCCGGCAGAGCCGCAGCAUCCUUUCCAUCGUCGAAUUUACGUGCAUCCCGAGAGUCCUUCGACGGGUGAGCACUGGAUGAACAAUUCGAUAAGUUUCAGCAAACUCAAAUUGACGAACAACAUCAACGACAAUAACAGCAAUAUAGUGUUAACAUCGAUGCACAAGUACGUACCAAAAAUCUGGAUAGUUCGUUGUGAACAGACGAAUCUUAACACGCUUCUUUCUUCUCCGUCCGCGACGUUCGUUUUCAAAGAAACCGAAUUUAUCGCAGUAACAGCAUAUCAAAAUGAUAAUAUAACAAAGUUGAAGAUCGAUCAUAAUCCAUUUGCAAAAGGCUUCCGUGAGACGGGACAAUCGCGAUUCAAACGCAAGUAUCAGCAGGCGUUCCAAGCGGACGUUUUAACCGACGAUUCCAAUCGUACGGAUGACGAAAUGAAUAAUAAAUCAUACGAUUCUGACUCGAGUCAAGUCACGAACGAAUCGAACGCAAAUAUUUUAGAGAACUUGAGGUCACCAAUAAGACAUGUUCUCGAAAACAAUACGAACGAUGUAUCGAACACCGAGAGACCAUUGGUGCCCGUUGAUGCGAAUCGGAAUGGAAAUCAGGAGCCUCCAUCUAGAACAGAUAAUGAAAAUCAGGUGUCUUUUCACAGACCUUGGCUACUCCCAGAAUCUAGACUUCCUACCCUCCCUUCACUUAGAUCGUCUACCCCCCGUCCAUCUAAAUUGCCUAUCUCUCUUCCACCUAAAUCACUGAACCAGGUAACAUCGUCUGGACCAAUGCUAUCAUCGUUAUCGCUGUUGCCGACCAAACCACCAUUUGGCAAUUUGUACUCGCACAUGUACUCGCCUAUGUACACACCAAUUGGUGCGGCGGAAUGCUUACCGAAAUUUCAAGAAUACCACUACCAGGAGUACCUUCGUCAACAGUAUUACACACAGUUCCAAUACCAGCGUAGCAAUUAUUUUUUAUGAGGUAAUGAUACAUGCGAAAAUGUUGCCUUGUUUUUUU